UUAACAAGUGGUUCUUCCCCCAAUUGGGUAUAGUAAAUAAAACAGAAAUUGCGAAGCCUCUCCUAAGUAAGCCCUUGGUCAGAUCCAUCUAAGAAUGGCAACAAGGGCCGUCUCCGCAGAUGCAGCUGUUGUGGAAGUUCUUAAUGCCCGUAACUAUGCGGAUUGGAGUGUAUUGGUUAAAACUUACUUGUUGGCUCAAGACCUUUGGGAUGUAGUGGAAGAAGAACAUGAAGACGACGACGAAGAAGAAGAAGAAGAAGCUGAUGAUAAGUUCAAAGCUUGGAGGAAGAAGAAUGCCACGGCGUUACAUAAGAUCCAAAUUUCGUGCGGGCAGGAAGCAUUUUCCCUCAUUAGCAACACCACUUCAGCCAAACGCGCUUGGGAUACUUUGGCAGAAAAGUUCAAGCCAAAACUAGUAAGAAUGGUGAAAACUGUGGUUCCUGCUGAUGCAAUUGUUGUCGAAGAUCUUAACAAAGAUAACUAUGAGCAUUGGAGUAAUAAUUUGGUGGCUCAAGACCUUUCGGAAGUAGUAGAGGCUACAGCUGAACCUCCUAAACCAGAAGAAGAAGCAGAAGCUGAUGACAAGGCCUUGAUGAAGAAGAAUGCAACAGCUUUACAUGCGAUCCAAGUUUCGUGCGGGCCUGAUGCUUUUUCGGUGAUUAAGGAGACUAGUUCAGCCAAAAUUGAUCGGGAUACUUUGGCCGAAAAGUUCACACCGCAACCAUCACUCCUAAAUAAUUCAUUUUUUCAGUCUGCAAGCUCAUCAUCCAACCCAGGAUCUUACGAAGAGAAUAAGCCGUUGUUCGAUGCUGUGUGGAGUGGGGAUUGGAAUAAAGCAAAGAAGUUUCUUACCGAACGUCCCAAUGCAAUAAAAGCAAGACUUCCAUAUACAGACAAGAUGGCUCUUCACUUUGCAACAGAACUAGAGCACGAGCAUAUUGUGGAAGAGUUGGUGCAGUUGAUGUCAGAGGAAGACUUGGAAAUAACAGAUAAUUGGGGUCAGACAGCUCUAGCUCUUGCUGCAAAGAGAGGAAAUCGUAAAAUGGUUAAAUGCAUGGUUAGAAAGAGCAAGAAAACACUUAGUAUUCCCACUAAGACCCGCAAUAGGACUCCAAUUAUCUUGGCUGCUAUGAAUGAGCAAUGGGAUGUCGUUAAAGAUCUUUACUUCGUCACUCCCCUCCAAGAUCUAAAACCAGAUAAAGGACCAUACGGCGCUGGACUUCUUCGCUACUUUAUUGUUGGCAUGAAAUUUGAUAUUGCUCUGGAAUUAAUUCAGCUUUGCCCAGAAUUGGUCUUUACCAAGGGCCAGAAUGGGAAAUUCCCGAUGGAAGGAUUUAUGCCUUCUGCAUUCCUUAGUGGAACACCCCUCAACUUCUUGCAACGACGGAUCUAUAAUUGUAUACACGUAGAGCGUGCCAUCAAUGAUAUUCGUGUAAGUGUUCAAAAUGAAGGAAAUGAAGAAAGUAAUCCAAUGAAGAUCACUUGCUCAGGUGUACACAUAGAGCCUACCAUUAGUGAUACUCGUGUACGUGUUCAAAGUGAAGGAAAUGAAGAAUGUAAUCGACAGAAGAUCAGUGUGUCAGUGGUAGGUUUCUUGCAAGGUUUGAAAUCAAAUCUCCUUGAACUUUUGGGAAUCAACCGCAUACGCGAAAUAAAACAGGCCCACAUUCAAUCACUUGAACUCCUACAUCACAUGCGUGAAGUGAUAAAACAUCGACAUCACCAUGAUUAUGUACGUCAAGCAAUUUUCAGAGCUAUCGAGCUAGGGAUGUUUGAGUUUACUGACAGUGUAUUGCAAGCAAGACCAAAUCUCAUUUGGCUUUCUAAUCAAGCGGGAAGGAACCUCGUUCAUUUUGCCAUCGAAUGUCGCCAAGAAAAAAUUUAUAGCCUUAUUAUUAAUAGGCUCGAUGAAAGAGAAAGAAAAUUGAUUGGCAAUAUUGCAGAUAUGUCUGGCAAUUGCGCGCUACAUGUUGCCGGGAUGCUAUCCAAAUUCGCAAAGCUCAAUGAUAUCUCAGGUGCGGCUUUGCAAAUGCAGAGAGAACUGCAAUGGUUUAAGGAGGUCGAGACUAUUGGAUUACCCCGGCUUAAAGAACGUAGGAAUAAAGACCAUAUGACUCCGCGUGAGCUAUUUACAGAUAACCACAAGGAAUUGGUGAAGGAAGGAGAAAGAUGGAUGAAAGAAACUGCAACUUCUUGUACAGUUGUAGGUGCUCUCAUUAUUACCAUCAUGUUUGCUGCAGCAUUCACAGUUCCUGGUGGAAACAACGGAGAAACAGGCUUCCCGAUAUUCUUGCAUAAAAAUUUAUUUAUGGCUUUUAUAGUUUUAGAUGCUAUAUCACUCUUUUCAUCUACAACUUCAGUAUUAAUGUUUUUAGGAAUCCUUACAUCACGUUAUGCGGAAAAUGAUUUCCUCAAAUCCUUACCAACAAAGAUGAUAAUAGGCCUUUCCACCUUAAUCAUCUCUAUUGCCACCAUGAUGGGUGCCUUUUCUUUCGCCCUUUUCAUUAUGAUCCAUGAACAUUCAUGGAUUGUUAUUCCAACGAUUGUCCUUGCUAUCAUUCCAGUCAUCUUAUUUAGUCUGACGCAAUGUCGUCUUCUAGUUGACAUGUGCAUUUCUACUUAUGGACGAGGAAUAGUUGACAGGAAAGUGAAAUCAAGGGCAUAAAUUCUUCUACUUGGAAGAAGAAUAUUUUAUAGGAAAGUGAAACCAUGGACAUAAAAUUCUUGAUGGUACGUGUAAGUGGUAUUGUAUAACGUUCGUAAUCUUGUAACUUCUAAGAAGCUUGUAUGCACUGUCCAUGCCAUGUAUGUGUUUGGCAUCCUAUAAUAAAACUGAAAGUUCAA